AUGAACAAAAAGAUUUUUGAGAAUAUUCCAGAGAAUUUUAACGAUGCAUAUGAGUCAAUUAUAGCGAAAUCCAUGGACAAGGAGAGGACGAUGAAAUCUUUCAAGGUUCUUCUAUCUGCCUACCGCCCUUUGACAAUUGACGAGAUGCAGAUUACCCUUGAAAUUGACGAAACUCUAAAUUCUUUCUCAGGACUAGAUCUCGAGAAAACCACCGUAGCAGGGUCUUCUUUCCAUCAAACAGGUCGCGAAUUCAUCUUACCAAGAGUAUCUCAUGGCAAUCUCCAAGUAGCCGAAAAGAAUUUUCGGUAUUCGAUUGAAAUUGAGAAGGCGCAUUUGUUACUAGGAGAGUGUCGCAUGGCAUGUAUCAAAUUCGCAAACCGGCCAAAUAUUAUUAACAAACGGAAGAUCGUGAUCAGAGAAAUAGAAAUAAUUUCCGUCGGUGUGAUCCUAGAAGACAACUAG